UCGCCAGUCGCCUCCGCGAUCCCUUGGACGAUAGAGCUCCGUGAAAAUGACUAGGGGGAAACGCUUCUUCUCGAACACAGAAUAGGGAAAAUAUAGCUUUCCGAAUCCAUAGCGUAAAACCCGAAAAUAUGACUUAAUAGUGUGAAAAUCGGCGUUUGUUUAUCGCCACAGGAAGAGGGGGGUGUGAGGGCCUUCCUGAGGGGUUGCCAUAAAGCCUAAGUUAAGGGUUUAAGCGUGUAGUUUUUUAUAUACUAUACGAGAGCGUGCAUGGACCUCGACACCGCUCCGCUGGAGGCGUUUAUAUCAUGACGCUUAAACACAGACUGAAGUACAACCUCAAGUGACGUCAUUAGAAAUAUGAAACAAAAACAUUCAAAGAUGUGACUUCACCAACAAUGAGACCGGAGAAAACAAAACCGCUUUAUCUCCCGAACUUGACGCUGUGACUCCCAAGUGCGAGAUACAUUUCGAAGUGGUUUUAUAACGAUGUUGAGACUAACUGCCGCCGCCCUCGUCCUGCUGGCCUGCUGGCGGGCGGUGAGAGGAGAGGAGGGAGCGCUUUGGUGCUACGAGUGCGGGACCAACGUGACAGGAGAGCCGGACUGCGUGGAGUUCCUGACGUCUGGAACCUGGACUGCGUUCCGGAGGCAGUGCGCGGGCGACGACGUCUGCGUCAAGACGGUCCCCGGAUGGAACAUGGCGGACGAAGAGGGCGCUAGUGUAAAAGAGAGCUGGGUCUCGCGCGGCUGCACGCCCCAGCGCAGCGUCGGCGGCGUCGCGCACAAGGACGGCUGCUGGUCAGGCCCCAACUCGGCCUUCCUCAUCUGCUAUUGCUCCAACGACUUCUGCAACGCCGCCCGCACGCCCGCGCCCGCACUCACGCCCGCGCUCCUCGGUCUGGUCGCUGCGUAUGUGGUGUUGGGUGGGUGAGGGAGGGGAGGGGGGAAGGGGAGGGGGAGGGGAGGGGAGGGGUGGAUGUGAGGGUAGGAAGGGGAAGUGAUGGAGGAGGGAGGGAGGAGAAAGGGGGGAAGAAUGGGUGGAGGGAGAGGGAAAGAAGAAGAAAAGGAGGAGGGAAGAAGUGAGGGAGAGAGAGGAUAGAAAGGGGAGAGGGGGAAGGAGGAGAGAGAGGACAGGGGCAAGGAUGAAAGAGGAAGACGAAUGAGAGAAGAGGGAAAGAGGGAGAGAGAUUGAACUGAGGGAGGAUGGGACAGGAGAAGGGAAACAGGAAGAGGCAAGGAAGAGACGAAAGACAGGAGGGAAGGAGAGAUAGAGAGAGGGAAUUAGAAAACGGGAUGAAGCGACGAGUGAAUGAAUGAAAAAGAAAAGGCUGAGAGAAGAGGGGAAGGAAAGAGAGAGUGAGAGAGAAGGGGAGAGAUGCGUGAUGGACCAGCCAGGCCACUCAUCGUGAGGAAAUGGGAUGAAUAUUGUGAGUGAGAUGAGUAAAAUAUUUCUCAUGGUGGACUUCCUUUGUUGAUAAAUAUACUGAAUUGUUAUUAUUAUUCUCAUCUUUAUUUUAUGUACUUGUAUUUCUUUUAGGUUAAAUAUCUCUUUAAAUACUAAAGUGCCAAAAAUUUAUAAAUGUAUGUUCUAUGUUAAAUUCAUAUAUUAAUACAUAUAGUAAAUAUAACUUCCCCAUUUUAUGCAUAUAUACACAUUUCUCUUGUUUGAAAAUGAAUUCGAAAUUAUAUAAAAACUUUGUAAAUCAAAAAGUAUAAAUUUUGUGUAAGCUAGUCAGUUUGUAUUAAUUUUCGCUGUAAUAUUUACGUAAUUGUGUAUAUCACUCAUCUCAAAGCUGUUGAAAGUUUAUAUUGAUGUAUCACUAGUCAAUAAAAUAAGAUAUAAUUGA